CUGAGAGGAUUUGGAUUUAGAUUGGGGUUGGGGCUGUUGCGUCGCUUGCAAUUAGGAAGGUAGAGUCGCCUCUUGCAGACGGAGGGCCCUCUUCCUCUCACGUACUCCUCACCAAUCCGUCUCACAGUCGACGCAUUCGCGCAAUCAUUCUUGCAAUUGAAAAUGCCGGCGUCUACUCUGUUUCGAAGCGUCUGAGGAGGACUCAGUCCUGUGGAUUUUGUCGCGUCGAGUGGGUUUUUGAGGGGAUUAUGAAGUGGGAAUCAGCCAACAACAGUUGCCGAUUCUGAUGGAAUAAAAUUUUAGGGGGUGUGACGUGAGUUUGGUUCUGUGCCUAAGCUGCCCUAAUUUCGAAGAUGAAUUGCGAGUGGAGGGGCUUAUCCGAGAUAGAGGCUGCUGAAGAAGGGGUUGCGAUACGCGAGGAAGUGAGGCGGGGAUGUGUGUUGAAUCUCUGGUCACAUGUGUCGUUGUGAGGACUGGAUUUGGGCGCAAUUGGUAGCGGUAGUGGCGUCCCAGCUGCCGGUGUAUGUUGUUUUCAACGAGUCCAGCAGUAGCUCGGUGAGUUUGUCGUUGGAGGCCCCUCGCGCCUCGUUUUGCAGGCAAUAGUUGUACAUGUGCAGCGCAUUUCAAUGGUUCCUGUGGCUGCCGAAAUGGUGGUGCCGAGCUGUUUGCAAGGGCGACCCAUGAUAUCCGUCGCGCCCCGAAUUUCUUAUGGAGUUCGUGGGAGUAUUCUAGGGCUGGGGUCCUUUAAGCAGCUGCAAUUGCGCACCAGGGUUGUUCGACCGCGUUCCAGAAGAAGAGCACGUUUAGGUUGUAUCGUUGCGUCAGCUAGGGGCGGGGGUGAGGGAGAAGAUUAUAUCUCCAAACUAUUGACUGAAACUCCCAGUCAAGUGGAAUCAAAGUAUUUAGUCGGCGAUACGUUGUACACAUUGAAAGAAUUGCGAGAGGCGGAGACUCCAAUUUGGAGAGCGGUUACCGAUGCUCUGUGGGGUACUGUUGUCCAGCCGUUGUUGGAAAGGCGGCAGUAUGUAAAAGAGGAUGCGGUUGAGUUAGCAGAGAUACCGCCACCAACUGAAGGAGUUCCUGCCACUGCAAAGACUAAAGAACUAGCUAGCAGCCGUGUAUAUCUCAACGACCUUCUUCGUGGCUUCAAAGGCAACCUCUAUGUUCCAGAAGAGGUCUUCGAGAGUCAGACGGAUGAGUUUAAAGAAUACAGCCGGCAGCUUGAAUCACUACCCGAGAUGAGCUUUGAGGAGUUCUUAAGGGCAGCCAGGGCAGGAGAGAUUAACUUUUUAGUAUCAAGAGGUGUAAAGACGCCGGAGGGCAAGCAUGCUUACUAUGACUUCCUCGUGGAGCUUAAGCCAGUUCCAGGUGAGUUAACCUUGCAGGCGCGGAAAUGGUCGAUGCAUUUGUCUAAAGAAGAGGCCGAAGUUGCCCUCAAAGAAUGCAAAGGCGAGCAAGUUGAGGUGGAGAGUCACUACUCGCCGUAUGUUGCAGUUCCUGAAGCAGCACCGCAUCCAGUUGCAGCUGCCAUAUCCGGGCGGGUUAUGAUGGAAGUUACGGUGAUCGCUAGUUUGGUGGGUGCGGCGGCUCUCUCCGUUGGAGGCAUGGCCUCAGCCGUUCUCUUUGCCGCGACUGGAAUAGUCUCCUUUGUGAUAUUACGGGUGUUGUGGCCUUUGAGCUCACCGUUUGUGCGACCAUUAGUUGGUCUGGUUGCUGCCAUGGGUAGGAACAUCGGAUACAUGAUCUCUGAGGCACUCAUAGGUGGUAAGGGAGCACGUAUGUUUCCUGGCAUUCGAGAAAUGCUUUCUUCUGGCACAACGUAUCAGUCCCUUCGCACACUGGGUGCAAUCAUCUUUGUCCUCGUUGCCAUGGCCGCCCUUGCAAAGUUCACUCUCACAAGACGACCGAAAGACUUCACAAAGUGGGAUUUAUGGCAAGCAAUCGAGUUUGGCCAGUCUAAGCCGCAAGCUCGGGUGGAGGGAUCAACUGGGGUUGGAUUCGCAGAUGUUGCAGGAAUAGAUGAUGUCGUUACUGAGCUUCAAGAGCUGGUGAGCUACUUGAAGGACCCUGAGCGGUUCAACCAGAUGGGUACUAAACCCCCGCAUGGAGUGCUUUUGGAAGGACCUCCCGGCUGUGGCAAAACUCUCCUGGCCAAGGCGAUUGCAGGCGAAGCUGGUGUGCCAUUUUACCAGAUGGCUGGCUCUGAAUUUGUUGAGGUCUUGGUUGGUGUUGGCGCUGCUCGGAUUCGUGAUCUCUUCAAGCGUGCAAAAGUGAAUAGGCCAUCUGUCGUCUUUAUCGACGAGAUUGAUGCGCUAGGAGCCAUGCGGCACGGAGCUGCUGGCGAGGAAGGAAUGGACACUUACAAUGCAGGAGCACAAGAACGAGAGACGACGUUGAAUCAGCUGCUAAUUGAGCUUGAUGGUUUCGACACGGGCAAGGGUGUUGUGUUCUUGGGUGCGACGAAUAGGAUGGACAUGUUGGAUCCCGCCCUUCUACGACCUGGUCGGUUCGACCGCAAGGUAGCCAUUCGACCUCCGCGUGCGAAAGGGCGGUACGAGAUCCUCAAAGUACAUGCCAAGAGUGUGAAGCUCGAUGAGACUGUGAACCUAGAAUCAUACGCAAAGAAUCUGCCUGGAUGGUCUGGAGCCGAGCUCGCUCAGUUACUCCAGGAGGCGGCUUUAGUCGCUGUCCGCCAUGGUGGAACUAUCAUUGAACGCAUCGACAUGGACCGGGCACUUGACCGUCUCACCAUGGGUCCUGAGAGGAUUGGGAUGCGGCGUCGUCUUCCAGUGCACCGUCGCAUGGCUGCCCACGAGCUCGGCAUUGCUCUCACCUCCCACCUCCUCCGCCACUUUGAGCAAGCUGACACCGAAUUCUGUGAUCGUGUUUCCAUUGUCCCGCGUGGGGAUACCCUCGCCAGAUGCAUAAUGAACCGCCUCGAAGACGAGUAUUAUUUAUUUGAGCGAAGACCUGCUCUUCUCCAUCGUCUGCAGGUGCUUCUGGGCGGCAGAGCGGGUGAAGAGGUUAUGUAUGGGCGCGAUACCUCAAGUUACUCUCUGACUCAUCUUCCUGACGCGACCUGGCUUGCUCGUAAGAUAGUCUCAACUUGGAAUCUAGAGAAAGGAAUUGCAUUGACUGGCGAUCCAUGUCCUUGGGACGGUGGGGGAUCCAUGACUGGUCCUCCAUUAGGCUUUGAAGGUGGACUUUAUGAUGAUUAUGGCUUUGUCCAAAAGCCUCUGAAUUAUGACCUUGUUGAUGCCACUAUGGAGCAAACAGAGAACUUAAUAGAAUCUAUGUACACGAAAACGUUGAAAAUGCUGAAGCAGCAUCACGCGGCGCUCACCAAAAUGGUGUACGUGGUGAUGGAGAGGGAAGAAAUUUUUGGGGAAGAAAUUGAGCAGAUUCUAGAGCUGUACCCAGCAGGUACUUCAGUUCAAAAGGUUAUGGAUGAAGAGGAGCCUGGUGAUUUGCCUCCUCUUAGCGACUCUUCUAAAGCAAGCUUUGCUGAGGUUACGACCCGCAAUGAGCUUCCGUCUAGAGCUUCCCGAGACCCUUUUAGUGGCGCGGAUGCUCUUACCACGGGUGCUGAUGAUACUGCUGAAAUUUUUCGCCACUCUGGCUAAUCGAUCGAUACUUUUUUGUAUAUCGUUUGUUUA